GGCUUUCCUAACUGGCGCUUGCGUCCAGGAAGGAGCCAGGUCUCCCUAGGCUGGAUGAACCUGGAUUUCAUUUCUCAUUCAAGAGAUUUCCGAAAGGCUCAACAGACACCCCGUUCACCAGACCCCUGAUUUUUACAGAAAAUCUGCGGGAGAGAACAAACAACAGAAAGAAGAAGUGAGGAGGAAGCACAUUCGUCUGCACAUGGAAGGCGCGCUAACCGCCAGGGACAAGGUCGGGGUGCAGGAUUUUGUGCUGUUGGAUGCCUACACCAGCGAAUCUGCUUUUCUGGACAAUCUUCGCAAGCGUUUCAGCGAGAACCUCAUCUAUACCUAUAUUGGGACCCUCCUUGUGUCUGUGAACCCAUACCAGGAGCUUGGAAUCUACACUGUGAGCCAGAUGGAACUUUAUCAAGGGGUCAAUUUCUUUGAACUGCCACCACAUGUCUAUGCCAUAGCUGACAACGCAUACCGUAUGAUGUGCUCUGAGCUAAACAACCACUUCAUCCUCAUUUCUGGAGAGAGCGGGGCAGGGAAAACAGAGGCCUCCAAGAAGAUUCUGCAGUAUUUUGCUGUGACCUGCCCAAUGACCGAGUCACUCCAAAUAGCCCGUGACAGACUGCUGCUCUCCAAUCCUGUGUUGGAGGCUUUUGGAAAUGCCAAAACACUCCGGAAUGACAACUCCAGCAGAUUUGGAAAAUACAUGGACAUACAGUUUGACUAUAAGGGCAUUCCCGUAGGUGGGCAUAUCAUCAGUUACCUGAUAGAAAAGUCUCGAGUCGUCUAUCAAAACCAGGGCGAGAGGAACUUCCACAUCUUCUAUCAGCUGCUGGAUGGUGGUGAAGAGGAGCUCCUUGCAUACCUGGGACUUGAGCGGGACCCCCGGCUGUACAAAUACCUCUCACAGGGUCAUUGUGCCAAAGAGUCAUCUAUUAAUGACAAGAACGACUGGAAAACUGUUUCCAGUGCCUUUUCUGUCAUCGAUUUUACUGAAGAUGACCUCGAGAAUCUCUUUGGAAUUAUUGCCAGCGUCCUACACCUAGGAAACAUUUGUUUCGAAGAGAAUCACCAAGGCUGUGCCACCAUACCAGACACCCAUGAGAUCAAAUGGAUUGCCAAGCUCCUGGGAGUCCACCCCUCCAUCCUUCUGGAAGCUCUCACCCACAGAAAGAUUGAAGCCAAAACUGAGGAGGUAAUAUGCCCAUUGACACUAGAACUCUCUGUCUACGCUAGAGAUGCAAUGGCCAAGGCCGUUUACGGAAGAACAUUUACUUGGCUGGUCAACAAAAUCAACUCUUCCUUAGUGAACAAGGAUUUCACCAAGAAAACUGUGAUCGGAUUGCUGGAUAUCUACGGGUUUGAGGUCUUCGACAAGAAUGGUUUUGAACAGUUCUGCAUCAAUUAUUGCAAUGAGAAACUCCAGCAACUGUUGAUUGAGAGAACCCUAAAGGCAGAACAGGCAGAAUAUGAAAUGGAAGGUAUAGAGUGGGAACCAAUUCAGUAUUUCAACAACAAGAUCAUCUGUGAUUUGGUGGAAGAGAGACACAAAGGAAUCAUUUCCAUUCUGGAUGAAGAAUGUAUCCGUCCCGGUCCCGCAACAGACUUGAGUUUCCUGGAGAAAUUGGAAGAAAAAGUAGGGAAGCAUGCACACUUCCAAACCCGGAAGCUGGCAGGGCCAAAGGGCCGGAAGAGGAUUGGCUGGAUGGAGUUCCGGCUCUUCCACUAUGCGGGGGAGGUCACCUACUGCACCAAAGGAUUCUUAGAAAAAAACAAUGAUCUCCUCUACAGACAUCUGAAAGAAGUGCUGUGCAGGUCCAAAAACCGCAUCCUGAAGGAGUGCUUCCUGGUGGCCGAGUUAGAAAACCGGAGAAGGCCACCAACGGUGGGGACUCAGUUUAAAAAUAGCCUGAGCAGCCUUCUGGAAAUCCUCAUCUCUAAGGAACCUUCAUACAUCCGUUGCAUCAAACCCAAUGAGAGGAAAGAACCCAGCAAGUUUGACGACUUGCUCAUAAGGCAUCAGAUCAAGUACCUGGGGCUGAUGGAGCUCCUGCGGGUGAGACGGGCGGGCUUUGCAUACCGGCGGAAAUACGAGCAUUUCUUGCAAAGGUACAAGUCCCUGUGCCCAGACACCUGGCCACACUGGCAUGGGCCUCCAGCAGAGGGUGUGGAACGGCUGAUCCAGUACAUGGGCUACACACCAGAGGAGUACAAGUUAGGGAGAACCAAAAUCUUCAUUCGUUUCCCCAGAACUCUGUUUGCUACCGAAGAUGCCUUUGAAUUCAGUAAACAUCAAUUAGUUGCGAGGAUCCAAGCCACCUACAAAGCCUGCCUAGAAAGGAGAGUGUAUGUGAAAAAAAGACAGGCAGCCAUCAGACUGGAGGCGCACUGGCGUGGGGCCCUGGCUCGGAAGGCGGCCAGUAGGAGAAGGUGGGCUGUGCGGACUGUGAGGAAGUUCAUAAAGGGAUUCAUCAACCGAAACAAAGCCCUCUGCCCGGACAACGAGGAGUUUAUCGUGUUCGUGAGGAAGAAUUACAUCUUGAAACUUCGGUAUCAUGUCCCAAAGAAUAUCUUGGACAAGAGCUGGCUGAGGCCUCCUGGCAUCUUGGAAAAUGCGUCCGACCUGCUCAGGAAAAUGUGCACAAGGAACCUGGUCCGGAAGUACUGUUGCGGGAUCACAGCGGAGAGGAAAGCACUGAUGCAGCAAAAGGUGGUUAUGAGUGAACUCUUCAGGGGAAAGAAAGAAGGUUACGCAGAAGUCCUAAGCCAGCCCUUUGCCGACAGCCGGAUCGAUGAAGGAGACAUUAAUCCCAAAGUGCUUCAACUCAUUAGCAAUGAGAAAAUCCAGUAUGGUAUCCCGGUCAUCAAAUAUGACAGGAAAGGCUUCAAGGCCCGGCUGCGCCAACUCCUCCUGACUCAGAAGGUAGCUUAUGUGGUGGAGCUUGCCAAAAUCAAGCAGAAAAUAGAAUACUCAGCCCUCAGAGGUGUCUCUACUAGUAGCCUCAGUGAUGGCAUCUUGGUCAUUCACGUCUCACCAGAGGACCACAAGCAAAAGGGCGAUGCCGUCUUACAGUGUGAGCACGUUUUUGAAGCGGUCACCAAGCUUGUCAUGCUGGCAAAGAGGGGGAACAUUGUGAAUGUCGUUCAGGGAAGUUUACAGUUUUAUAUCAGCCCUGGAAAAAAAGGCACGAUCGUUUUUGAUACAGGGCCGGAAGAACAAAUCUAUAAAGAUAAAAAUGGCCAGUUAACCGUGGUGUCGGUCCACGCCAAGUCCUCCUGACCGCUCCCGGGACCAUCUCUGCUCCGGCUGAGGAAAGCACCCAGGAAGCAGGAGGCUGUCCAGGGAGCUACACCUUCAAGGAAACAGGGCCCCAAGGUUCCAGGCGGAGGAGCAGCUCUGAAGGAACUGAGUGGCAUCCAUCCAUCUCCCAAUUCUCAGCAGCCCUGGGGCACUAAAGGGAAA